AUGAGCUUAGAGCUUCGAGUGGGUAACCGCUUCCGCCUCGGCCAGAAGAUUGGGGCGGGGUCGUUCGGCGAGAUCUUCCGCGGCACAAACAUGCAGACGGGCGAGACCGUGGCCAUCAAGCUGGAGCAGGCGAAGACGCGCCAUCCACAGCUUGCCUUUGAGGCCCGAUUCUACCGCAUUCUCAACGCAGGCGGCGGGGUCGUGGGCAUCCCCAACAUUCUUUUUUAUGGCGUGGAGGGCGAGUUCAACGUGAUGGUGAUGGACCUGCUGGGACCCUCGCUCGAGGACCUUUUCAGCUUCUGUGAUAGGAAGCUGUCGCUGAAGACGACGCUGAUGCUGGCGGAGCAGAUGAUUGCGCGCAUCGAGU